UCGCGCUGACGUGCCUACGUACUCGUGUGUCCGUGUGUCCCCCCCCUUCGGAGUUAGUGGUGGUCGCUAGUGAUUGGUAGUGAUGUGGAACUUUGCAAUAGUGAAAAUAUGAUGAAAAUAAUCCGAAUUGCACACGUGUUUUCGCUCCUCGCAAUAAUUCUAUGCACGAUAACGCAAUGCCUGGCCGCACUGUCCGACAAACAAUUAUGUUAUGACCCCGAUUGCUCGAAACCCAUUUCAAUGGCCAGGACUAUACUCUCUUACAGACCGAUUGAUCCCGAGUUGAUGGCGUUUGGCCUUAAUGUAGAUGUUAAAGUUUUUAGUAAGGGGGCUGGAAAGAGAACGGAUUUGUGGGGUGUCGAGAUAAGCGGUAAACGUGGAUUUGUACCAAAAACAUUUUUAAAAGAAUACAAAGUCUUGCAACAUAAAUUGUCAUACGAAGUGCCUGUUUAUAAGUUUACUGGCGAGGUAAACAAAGUACAAACCACCACACUUGAUUCAAUAGAAAAACCACAUCCUCCAUUGAAAGAUGAGGCGCUAAACAAUAAAGAGACAUCAUCGAUCAAAUCCGUAGACGAAAAUGGCGAUCAGGAAUCAAAGGCGAUCAAUCCGGACAGCACAUUAUCUCCCUACGAAGUAAUAGAUGGUACUACAGUUUAUAUGGACGUGCCAUCUGUAUCGUCCAGUUCUGUAUCCGAUGUUGCACAGCCUAACAGAUUAGCGAAUGAACAAGAUGCUGUUUUAGAAUCAGUUACUGAUACUAAAACAGAUACUAGUCACAAUGAACCAUUGUCUAACAAGAAUUCAUUUGUCAAUGAUAAAGAAUUUCAAGCAGACGCAGAAGAUGCUAGUAUUGAAGUAAUUAAAACAACGAAUACUGCUGAAGAGGACAGUAGUGAAGUACACUUAGAAAGUUCAGAAGCAAUAGAAGAUGCAAUUUUGAGUACAGAAAGUAAAGAUGAUAUUUUAACACUUAAUGGGAACAGCAAGUCUGUAGAAGAUGAACCGUCUGAGAUUGCGGAACAGGAAGAAAAAUCGGAUAACAAUGCUGAGGAAAGUAUAGCGGAAGAUAAGAAAGAAGAAGUUACAGAAGACAGUGCGAAAAAUGAAGGUAUAUUUGCGUCACUGACCAACACGUUCAAAAUGUUGUCUAGUUCCGAUACAACUGCGGAAGAUACUCAAAGCAGCGAUAGCAGUUUACCUGCCACUGAAGUUACCACAGAGAACAAUUCACCAAAGGAAGUAGCAAAAGAUAAAAGUGAAGAUGUAACUGACACAAUUCCAACUGUUCAAGAGGUAGAUACAAAUCUUGAUUCAGAUUUUACAAACAAAGAGAAAGUAGAGAUAGAGCAAGAAGUCAAACACGAGAAUGUAGAUAAAGAAGCAUCUUCAGUUCCAUCGGAAACUACUGAAUCUUCAAGCAAUGUGCCUUCUGAUAAUUUUUUACAUGUAGAUGCUGAUAAGCACUCUAACGAACCGGCUUUGAUUUCAAAUGAUACUUCAACUUUUGCGAAAACCGAUAAUAGUCACGUGAAUAUUCAAGUACAGGAAGUAAAUGAGAAACAAAUUACAGGUAGUAUUGUAGAAGAAUCGAUCGUUUCAGAUACUCGAGAAACUGUAACGGAAGAAAGUGGCACUGAUCAGAAGAGUAAUGACAUUGACCAGAAGCUACCACAAAAUAUUGAUAAAGUUCCAGAAAUUAACAAAUUUUCGUCUCUUGAGGAAACCACGGAAAGUAACAAAAUUGAGUCACUUCCUGAGAGUCACACCGUUGAGGAGAAUACAGAGAUUGCGGACGAGACAUUGAGUCAUAGCGCCGCGAAUAGCCAGCCAAACGAAAACGUAAUUGUACAUACCAAUGUAAAUAAAAACGAUAAUUUAAUUACCGAAUCUAUCUCUGACAAUGUUCCUAAACAACCGAACGAGUUCUCCGACGGCACGAAGUUCAGCAGUGUGGAGCGAUCCGUAGAUUCUAGUCACGAGAGUGUGAUCUCGGAGAAAACAACGACUUUCAAUCAGGAUCCUCAGAAUCAAAAUUUAUUCAACAUUGAAGGAGACUCGGAACGUACAGACAUUGAGAGUCAAAUAGUCAGCUCUGUGAAAAAUGAAGAAACCUUGCUUCAUGAUGAUCACAGAGAGGAGAAGGUUGCGUAUAAAGACGAAGAUGAUGCUGAGAGAUUAGAAUCAAAAUCUGUAUCUGUAGAUCAAGAUGAAGCUUGUUUGCUCGAUGACAAGUGUACAACUGAAAGUAUAGCAACCGAGUUGCCAGAACAACACGUGGAAGAAUCUAAGGUUGAAGAAGAUGACUUCGGAGUGAACGUAACAAACUUGGAUUACAAUUAUUGGAAAACAUUGAUAUAUCUGUGCGUAACAGCUUUCACAACACUCGUCUUUACUCUCGGAUAUUAUUACAUUGAGAAUACAAGGAGAGACGGGCAACUCAUAGCGAGAAUCAACGAACUCGAGAAAAAACUUUUGGUCUCGACAAAAGAGUGCGAGGUACUUAGCGAAAAUCUGAAGACCACCGAGAAGAAGUUGAAUUGGCUCACAGAUGAUUCACUCGGUUCUAACGAGAUGGUUGCGUCGCUGAAAGCUGAAUUAGAAGCGUCACAGAUCAUGAGGACAGAGUUGGAAGAACAAGUGGCCAUGUUGGAGAAGGAUUUGGAAAAUGCAACAGAAGCUGGAUUGGAACUUGAGAAGAUGUUAAGCGCAGUUAUAUCGUCGAACAAUGAAGUCAGUCCAUUGGCUAAGUCGAUCGAAGAUUUGCAAGCACGAUUAGAUGCUCAACAAACUGCAAACGAAUCCCUAUCAAACGCGUUGAAUCUUAAAGCUCAAGAGAUCGAAAGCCUAUCUACGGAGCUCGCUUCUUUUAAGAGAAAGUGUAACGCACUUGAGAUAAAACUUUCAGAAACGCAGAAUAAACUGGCGACUCAGAGUGAACUCAUGAAUAACAUAGAAGAAACACUAACGGAUAAAAUACACGAUUUAGAGGAGCAAGUUAAUGGACUAAGUAUUGAAAAAUCGUCGUUGUACAAGGAGUUGAAAGCGAAAGAAAUAGAAAUGAAAGAACUGACGGAAAUGAUCAGUCAAAUCAAGUCAAACAACUUGGAUUUGGAAAAGUUGUACGACGUGUCUCGCGUUAAGACCGAGGCGGCGUUGCUGCGCGACGAAAGGGACGAAUUAAAAAUGCGAUUAAACGACGUCGAGGGCGCUCAUCAAUUAUUAGAAGAACACAUGCAGCUUGUUAAGGAGGAGAUAGUUGCGCUAAGCGAUCAAUGUAAAAUGGCUGAGAAUCAGUGUAAAAUAGCUGAGAAAGACAAAAAAGAUGCGGAAACACGGCUCGAAGUGUUAACGAAGUUCUUCCAAGAGAAAGAAAAUGAGCGCCAGAAGGAAGAGGCUAUCUGGUUAGAGAAACAAGGAGAAGUUGUCUCGACAGUCGAAAGAAUACACACGAUGCAAAAUGAGAUACAAGGUUAUAAACAACAAAUAGAAAUGUUAAAACGAGAAAUCGUCGAUCAGGAAAGAGAAUACAAGAAUCAAAUAUCUGCCUUGGAUAAGAAAGCGCAUGAACAAUGGAUUGCUGCCCGGCAGAACGAGCGCCGUUUGGUAGAAUCGAAAGCCGAAGCUGGUCAGUUACGUAAUCGCCUCACACUGGUAGAAAAGAAUUUAAACGAUUCCGAUGCCGAGGCGAAGUUGCAUCGCCUGGAAGCGAAUGGAGACACAACGACCUCGCCGUCGUUGUUUAUCGGAGCGGAAACGUCCGGUUCUCCCGUAAUGUUUAGCGGUUCCUCGACUGUUCCACCGCCCCCGCCACCUUACUAUCUACCUUGUUUCACGCCAUACAUGCCGCCUCUGCCACCAGUCCCGCCCGGUUUACCACCUUACGACAUCAGUCAACGUCCUCCACCUCUGGGCGGCCGAUUAUCAUCACCCCCGCCGCCGUUGCCACCAUUGCAUCCCCCUCCCGCUUCCGGCGACAGGUACGAGAACGCCGGUUCUCCGCCGCUGCUGAUGUCUCCGCCGCAUUUACUUCCUCCGUUCGGCCGUCACAGAUCACCGCCGCCUCCUCCUUCCUUUGGCGGUGACCACAUCCCACCUCCUCCUCCACCCGGCUCUAUAUUACCUCCUCCACCACCCCUCGGAACGACGCAUCCAUGGGGGGAAAAAUCACUGCCGCUCCCGCGCAAUUCUGGUUUCCAUCCUCAUCAACGAGAGCAGCGUGCACGCAAUCACAAAGGUUCGUUACAUUCUUCAGGAGAAUCAUUAGACAAGGCACAUCACGGGAAAGUUUAAGUUUUGUACCAUGCUAUUCAUAUUUCAUACUUGUACAAAGGCCAAAUCUAUCACUGUAACAGUGACGGACUCAUUGUAUAAGAAUUUCAAGUAAAUAUGAAUAUCUGAUGCUGCAAUGUUUUUACGUUAAGCGUCACCUGUCGAACCGUCUUUAACAUCAGUGCGGCCUGUAGCUUUAUAUUUCUUAGUUUUCCUUAUAACACAGAUAUUUUCGUAAUUCUGUAACAAAACAUCUGUAAAAUAUGCCAGAAAUUCCGCUCUUCGCUGUAACUGAGUUUCCGGCAUAUUUUACACUUUCGAGUAUGAUGAUGAUAUUAACUAUCUAGGCAAAAAACUGAAGUAUUAGUAUAAAGCUAUAGAACGCAAGAAUUGUGUCAUUUCUUGCUUCUGACAUUUAUAAAAACCAUUAUAAUGGCUGUUCGACGGGUAGCUCGAUCUUUUUGUGUCAAUGUCAAAUUGAUUCAGUAGACAAAAAAAAAAAAAAAAAAAA